UUAUUUAAGUUUUAUUGUUUUAUUAGUUUUUUUUUAGAAACACAAAAAGAUGUCAAGACCAAACAGGGUCUCUUUCACGCAGGACGUUAAAUGUUCCUUUAUGUGUGUAAAACGUGUUUUUGAGUUUAUAUAAACCGUGCUCUAGAGUUUUGGGAAUUAGCAUGUUCACAGAGCAAAACAGCCAGGAUCACUUCGGACUUGCCAAGAUGUCCAACAAUACUACAGACAAUGACUACGAAAGUGGGACUGAGAGGAAUAAGUACCUGAUUACAAUCAGAAUGCUAUACUUUAUUGGAUUUCUCAUCAUCUGCAGCCUUGGGCUGGUUCUCAACUUUUUAGUCAUUGUUGCAGGCAUGUUGUACCACCACAAGUCUGACACAGCAAAAUGGGUCAUUGCAUUAGCUGUGACCCACUUGAUCUGCUCAGGAUUCCUGCCUUUGCAGAUUCUCUAUAGUUGGUACCACUUCAACUGGCACUAUGGAGCAAUUUUGUGCAAAGUCUUAUCCUAUAUAUUUUACGUCAGCUUGUUCUCCACAGCUGGUAUACUCUCUCUAUGGAGCGCCAUUGACGGCAUUGGGAAAAUCAAAUGCAAAUGGUUUUCAUUCCAGCAUUCAUCAGUAGUCAUGAUCAUGAUUCUGUGCUCCUGGACAUUUGCAGCGGUCCUUGGCAUUCCGUCUUUGUACUCCCGAGAGCUUCGGUACACAACCCUAGGACAGGAGUGCAUCGAUGACUAUGAUCUUUUUGAUGAAGUAAUGACUGAAGAUGGUAAAAGAUACCUGAGGGUUGUAGUUUUUUAUAGGUUUUUACUUGGAAUUCUGAUACCUGCAUUUCUGACUGCCAUCUGUUCAUGUUGUCGGCGUCAAAGGAUGGGGAAAAUUUUGAACCAAAUCACAUGUUUGAUAAAAAUGGUGUAUUUUGUCUGCUGGACUCCCCUGCUAUUCAUGGGGCUUCUACAGGCAUUUCAAAAUUUUGAGGGUCAGUCAUAUGGAUUACCUAUAGCCACUGUUCUUGCUGCAGCUCACUGCUGUGUUAACCCAGUAAUUUAUUUUUUGGUGAGUCAGGACUUGAAAAUGAAGUGGAUGACACAGCCACAGACAGUCAUCUGACUGAUCAAUCGAAAUGAAUAUUUUUUAAAGGACUAACAAAACAGUGCUUUUCUUUAUUCAUUGAUUGUGUAUUCAUACAUUGCAAAGUAAAAGAUGUAUACUUUGUGUUCUAUCGAUAAGACUCGUAUGUUGGUACAUUUAUACUUUAUUCAUUAUUCAAUCAAGCUUACAUGAAUGUAGCUUUGUUCUUAACUAUGUGAUUGUACAUGUCAGUCUGACUUUAAACAAAAUGUAAUCAUGUAUUUUACUUUUUUUUUAUAUCAUGACACAAUUUUUACUUCUCUUUUACAUAAUGUUUUUAUAAUCCUGCUACAUAGGGCAAAUAAAUGAGCUGGUGGGAAUCAGAUUGCACUUCCUUUCAGAUUUCAUUUUAGAUCUGGUUUAGUAUUUGUGCCCAAAUAUGCUUGUUGUGGUAACCGGAUAGUGCACGAAAUAAAUUUGAAUGAACAAUA